AUAACAUUUAUCAUCAUCAAUUCAUCAUCAUCCACAUAUCAAAGAAAACACAAAAACACAAUCAAGGAAAUGGCCAAGUUUUCCAGUAUUCACAUUCUCUUCUUCGUGUUCAUCACAGCCGGCAUUGCUGUUUCUGCCACCGACUUCACAAUAAAGAACAAUUGCCCUAACACCGUCUGGGCCGGAACUCUCGCCGGCCAAGGACCCAAGCUCGGUGACGGCGGAUUUGAAUUGACUCCAGGUGCUUCCCGACAGCUCACGGCUCCUGCAGGAUGGUCAGGCCGGUUCUGGGCUCGUACUGGCUGCAACUUUGACGCCUCCGGCAACGGUAGAUGCGUUACCGGAGACUGUGGCGGUCUAAGAUGUAACGGUGGCGGAGUUCCUCCAGUCACUCUUGCUGAAUUCACCCUCGUAGGCGAUGGCGGCAAAGAUUUCUACGACGUGAGCCUCGUUGACGGUUACAAUGUCAAAUUGGGGAUAAGACCAUCCGGAGGAUCCGGAGAUUGCAAGUACGCAGGAUGUGUCUCCGACCUCAACGCGGCUUGCCCUGACGUGCUUAAGGUCAUGGAUCAGAACAAUGUCGUGGCGUGCAAGAGUGCCUGUGAGAGGUUUAAUACGGAUCAAUAUUGCUGCCGUGGAGCUAACAAUAAGCCGGAAACUUGUCCUCCCACGGAGUACUCGAGGAUUUUUAAGAACGCUUGCCCUGACGCCUAUAGCUACGCUUAUGACGAUGAAACAAGCACCUUCACUUGUACUGGAGCUAACUACGAAGUCACUUUCUGCCCAUAAAAAGGCGAAGCUUCGAUUUAGAUUCGAGUCGGGUUUAAUUACCUCUCACGUUUCUUUUGCUUGUUAUGUACGGAAAGAUAAAUAAGGAAAGAUGAUGACUAUGAAUCAUCUUCUUCCACUUAUAAGCCUUUUUUACUAAGUAUUCAGUGGUUACACUCAGCUGAUUUGCAUACAAAUUAAAGAAAUAAAACAAAAUGAUUUGAUAUA